GACUGGUUUCCCGGCAUGCAGCAAGUGCGGAAGUAGGAAGAAGGGCAAAGAGGGAUAGAGGGAAGGAAGGAGAUACCACAAGGAGGAGAUGUGGAGUGUACAACAGCUGCUAUGGGGGUGUCGCUCCCUUCUGACCCAAGGCUGUCGAUCAUUUUCACUCGGCAGUCGUGAUCUAAGGAAGAUGAAUUUUAUGCCUCAGCCCAAAAAUACAGAUCGUUGGGACCACAAGAGGGCCCUGUAUGGAGUGUAUGACAACAUUGGGAUACUUGGUGACUUUAAGGCGCACCCCCGUGAUUUAAUAAUAGGCCCAUCCUGGCUAAGGGGCUGGAAGGGGAACGAAUUGCAAAGAUGCAUUCGAAAACGUCAAAUGGUUGGGCCAAGAAUGUUCUAUGAAGACAGAGAAAAUCUGAACAAGAGAAUUCGCUUCCUGUACAAGCGAUUUAACCGUUACGGCAAACACCGCUAGCAUAUGUAUUUUGGACUUUUAUAUUUCCUUGUAACAAAUAAAUUAUUUCAUAUUCA